AUGGGCUCCUCUACGGCGCUUACAACCAAGGUGACAACGGGCUCACCCUACCAGCUUGACAAGAACCAGGUCUCUAGAGCUUCAUCUGCACUCCUCCGACACAUUAAGUCCCGGCAAGACGAGCAGGAAGCGACCGCAACUAAGAAGACUUUGAUCGGAGACAAUGAGUCUGACUCCGACGCCGAUGAUACCCCGUUACACAAUGAAGCCGUCUGGCUUGUGCUCACGACGAAGAAGCACGUUGUCGACAAGAACCGACUCAAGCCUGGGCGGAUUGCCAUUCCGCACUCGCUGAACGCCUCGCCGUCUCUGAGCAUCUGUCUCAUCACCGCAGACCCCCAGCGCUCCGUGAAGAACAUUGUCUCCGACCCGUCGUUCCCGCAGCACCUGUCCUCCCGCAUUGAGAAGGUCAUUGGAUACUCGAAAUUGAAGGAUAGAUACAAGAGCUUUGAGACUCGGAGGCAGCUGCUCUCUGAGCACGAUGUGUUCCUCGCCGAUGACCGGAUCGUCAUGCGCCUGGUUACUACGCUCGGAAAGAUUUUCUACAAGUCUAGCAAGCGGCCGAUCCCCGUGCGUCUUGCGCAGAUUGACAAGGUGGAUGGAAAGAGGGUGAAGAAGGAUCCCAAGCAGAAGAAGGGUGACGAUGAGCCUAGUACGUUCGCCAGCACGGCGAUUGUCGCCAAGGAGAUUGAGAAGGCGCUCAACUCUGCGCCUGUGCACUUGGCCCCGGCCACCACUGCCGCUAUCCGGGUUGGUUCGUCCAACUUUACGAGCGAGCAGCUGUCCGAGAACAUCGAUGCUAUUGUGAAGGGUAUGACGGAAAAGUAUGUCUCAAAGGGUUGGAGGAAUAUCAAGGCUAUUCACGUCAAGGGCGCCAACACAAUGGCCAUGCCCAUCUGGUUGGCGAGUGAACUGUGGGUUGAGGAGACUGAUGUGGUGGAGGCUGUCGAGGGCGAGGAGGCCGACGACAAGACUAACAAGAAGCGCAAGCAGAUCGAGGGUGAGGGUGAACAGAAGCUCCUAGAGGGCGGCAACAAGAAGUUGCGGAAGCAGAAGGCGCCUGAGGACGAGGAGGAGGCAUCGUCACUGGCGGCCCGUAAGAAGAAGCUGGAGAAGCAGAAGGCCCAGGCAUCGGCGGACGGAGAAGCUGUGUCGCUCAAAUUAUCGUCUGGCCCGGCCAAGAAGAAGAAAAAGUCUCUUUCAUGA